AUUUGCGUCCCCUGUGUUCUGCCGUAUUCGCUAUGUUCAUAUAUUUUGUUUUAUGAAAAAUUAUAUAUAAAUCUUAAUAUUUGCGCUCAAGUAACAAAUAAGAGUAAUAAGACCAAAGCGUUCUUUUUUCUUUAGAUAAUAUGAGUGAUUUUGUUAGUUAUCAAUUAAUUAGUCACAAUGACCCCUGAGUUCACGGCUGCAGCUUGCGCAUCGUGAUGUUACUCAAUUUACCGAAAUUCCAGGCAUUCUAGACUUUCUUGUUUUAUUUGGAAGCCUUUUCGCAGUUUCUCGAAUGUAAAGGACUGAGCAGGUGAAGAUUUAGCCUGCUUCUCGGUUAUGAUGAAGGAAUUUGUGGCUUGCAAUCUGCUCGCGGCGUGGUGACAGUGCUGUGACUUGUGAAUCGUAAAUAUGUAAAUAAACAUGAAUGAUAUAAGCGUGAAAAUUGAGGAAUCUCUGAAGGACCACCCGGUAGCUAAGGAAACCACGGUGGCUGAGUCAAAUGGUGAAAAUGAAGGGGAUCCAUUGGCAAUAGAUGAAAGCGAUGCAGAGCCUGGUAAAGCUCCGUCAAUAGAGCAGGCGCUAACGGAAAAUAGCGAGGAAGUGAAAACCGCGGGAAACUGUGAUGAAAAUGCCAAAGAAGUGAGUUUAGAAGGGGAAAAUGAUGCUGAAGAAACAUUGACACAGAGUGUAGAGAAAGUUCAAGAUGAGCCAUUAAAUAAUGAUGACAGACCAACAAACACCCCUAUAGCUGUUGAGAUUGAAGACGAGAUACCUCAAACAGCUGUUGAUGAACUGCCAAAAAUACAGAAGGAUCCGGAGUCUGAUCCCAUCUCAGCUCCAGUUGAAGAAGCUUCUGAGGACAUCGGAGUAGUACCAGAGUCUUUGCAAGAUAUACCUAAAGCAGUAACACAUAAACCCCCAAAAGAGCCAAGCCCUCUCAAAGAGGUCCCAGUUCAAACAUCCAGCGAAACUUCACCACCAUUAAAAGAAAAUACAGAUGUAGAGAUGAUUGAAGAUGCUUCGAAAGUUGCUCAGAACGCCAACUCCACGGUUCAGGAGAAAGAGACAGUCGUUAAGGAGAAAGAGGUCAAGUCGGCGCCUUCUCCUGUUAACGGGGAUGUCAUUAAGGAGGAGCAUCCCAUAAAAAGACGUGCUAGCGAAGACGUAGAGACAGAGUCCCCUCUGAAGAGGCUCUGUCAAGAAGUAGAAAAGACAUUUCCACAACAUGACACCAUGAUAAAUGACUACAUACAAACCGCCACAAAAAAUAACAUUGACGAAAUACAAAGGCAUACAGAACAGCUUCUAUCCGAGAUACAGACUUUAAGAGAAUUGGCACAGAAGAAAGAACACGAAUGGAACAAUAUACUACAUCUGAAGAAAGUGAAAGAAGAAAUCCUACUAAGGCUAUUGAGGCGGAAACAGGUGUUAUCGUUCGAGAAAGCCGCUGAUGUGAACGGAGCGGAGAGAACGGAUCCGUUUGACUAUUUGAAUCAAGCCAAGAACUUGGCCAUAGACAAGAGUGAUGAGAUCUCUGGGCUGGCGAUCAAACAGCCCGGGUCCACGAUGAGCCCCAUGAUGCAACAGACUCCGGUCAUGCCGGUCACAACCCACUUCAAUCCGAUGGCCGGAUUACCUCCUCCGUAUGAUAAAGCAGCUCAUUUGCAAGCUAUGCCCAAACCGGUGUUUCCACAGGCUAUGAUGUUACCUGGUCCAAUGCAGAGUAUACCAGGAUUUCCGAGGGAUAUGAAUGGGCAGUUGCCGGGUAGUUUUGGGAUGCCGAUGGGUAGGCAAGGUCCUACGAAGGAUGUGAAGUCGAUAAUAGCGGACUAUCGCCAAAGGAAUCCCGACGUGACGCCCAGGAGAGGCAGGAGAAUGAAGUCCAUUCUCAAUCCUAACAUGAUGAACCCACCGAGGCCAAUAGCACCGAAAAUUGACAGUUUAAAUAGUUUGAACAAUAUGCUGUUGAAUAACAUGGAUAUGAGCCAAAAGGCGAUGUUAGAACGGCUACAGCAAUUCCAGGCUGGCGGUCUACUCAACGGCGUUUCGUUUAAAGACGUGUUAGUCCAAUACGCCAAUAUGCAACAAGGCCCCAGCCUUGUUCCCAAUAGGCCCAUGGAAAUGAACCGGCCCGAACACCACAUAAGGCCCGAAGGUCGCCGGCGACAAGAGAGGAACCUCGAAGAACCCCACGCUAGCACCACGAAGCAAGCGGAGAGAGUAGCCCCGUCAAGUCCAAGGCUACCCCCACCACCGCCUUAUCCAGAAAUUUCUCUCCUGCCAGUCACAACCAGCCAGGAAACCGCUACAACCUCACAGACUCAAAACUCCUUGCUCCACGGCAUACUAACAAAGCAGGUGUCACCUGCGUCUCAGAGUUACUCGCCGACGUUGGCUAAACUGCUCACGUCACCGGAACGGAAACAGAGCGCGCCACCGUUGCCAACUUUCGGUCAGGCCAAGAACUGCGGCGAGAUUACGAUAACGCCAGUGCAGCCAACCCCACCGCCCGAUUCCCAGCCGGAAAAACCGGAAGAAGUUGUGCAGUUGGAUGAUGAGGAGAGCGCUUCGUCCGCGUCAGAAGCGGACUCUCCGCCGGGCGCCGGGUCGGGGCGGCUGGUGAUCGACGAGGCGGGCGCGGAGCCCGAGCGCGCGGACGCGCCGCUGUGCCAGGGCUGCAAGCGGCGCCACGCGCAGUUCGUGUGCGCCGGCUGCGCCAACCAGUGGUACUGCUCCAGGGACUGUCAGGUGGCGGCGUGGGACGAACAUUCGGAAAUGUGUUCCGGUUAAUAAAUAGUAAGUGCUAUAUUAUGUAUAGCAUUGUUGACAAAGCUAUAUAUACAUAUUGUAGUGUUAUUGGCCUUAUUUGGUAAUGAAUCUCUGAAGGCGACGUUCCUAAGGAAAAGGGCAUUAGGGUCUAUAGAAAAAUGUACUUGAAUCGUCGAUAGAUUGUAAUGAAAUAGUUUUUGACAUUUAAUAGUCUGUACCAGAGAUGUUACAAAACUUUGACUCUGAUGAGGCUGGACUUCACUACAUAGUAUAAAACAAAGAAGCUAUUUUAGUCUGUUUGUCUGUAUGCUUAAAUCUUAAAAAUUACGCAACGGAUUUUGAUGCGGUUUUUUGUAACAGGUAGAGUGAUUCAAGAGGAAGGUUUUUAUGUAUAAUAACAUUUAUAAUUUUGCACCCGUGCGAAGCCGGGGCGGGUCGCUAGUUUAAUAUAAUAACUUCUGGGCUUAGGUUUAUAAACUUGGGAUUCUUAUUUAAGGCGAUGGGCUAGCAACCUGUCACUAUUUGAAUCUCAAUUCUAUCAUUAAGCCAAAUAGCUGAACGUGGCCGUUCAGUCUUUUCAAGACUGCUGGCUCUGUCUGCCCCGCAAGGGAUAUAGACGUGACCAUAUGUAUGUAUGUAUGAGCAUAAAUACAACCUAGGACUUAACAUGGUCUGUUGCGCGGUUCCCCAGGCAUCACACCAACCUAAAACCUUCCCUUUGGGUCGCUCUAGCCCGAAUCAUCACUCCACAGAACAGAGUUAUUGGUGGAAUAAAUUGACAGCUUCUGUGGCGCAGCGGUAGUGCGCUUGUCUGUGAUACCGGAGGUCCCGGGUUCGAAUCCCGGCCAGGGCAUGAUGAGAAACGAACUUUCUCUGCAUGGCCUGGGUCUUGGAUUUUUAUUUAUAUAAGUAUUUAUUAUAAAAUAUAGCACCGUUGAGUUAGUAUCUCGUAACACAAGUCUCGAACUUACUUCGAGGCUAACUCAAUCUGUGUAAUUUGUCCCGUAUAUAUUUAUUUAUUAAGUGUUCCAACUAUUUUCUGCCACCUUUUUUGUCCAUGACUCCGAAUCCGAUAAAAUGACCACCAUAAACAUCUCUGGUAUAACAAAUGACAAAAAAUGUUCCAUUUAAUCUAUUGACUCGAUAAAGACGCAUUUUUUUUACAGACAUAACGCCCAGGGUUGAUGGGGGUUUGGUCGGAAUAUUAUAUUUACUGAAAAGUUUGUGAGAAAAAGAGUUUUGAAGUUGUAAGUGACAUGCUUCGCGGCAGAUUGAAAUGUUUACUGAAAAAAUAUGGCGCCGUUAUAUUUAAUAUUCCACUACAUAGGUAUGCCUUUUACCUUAUUUUUUAAUGUUUUCAAAGAAUUUAACUUAAAUAAAUGAAUGAAUGAAAUUUCUAUUAAUAUUUUGACCAACACCUCCUGUGCGAUGUUCCAAAUUAUUAUUAUUAUUAUUUUUUUUGCUGAAAAAUAUACUUAGUGAAAGCUGUGUCAUAAUGCCUACUUUUGUAUUUUAGUCUUAAGUAAGAUGCGAAUUAAUAUUAUAUUUCGAUAUGGCAACUUUUAAGUUUAUUUGAACCAGAACGUUCUACCAACAUAAGAUUUUCUGUCAUUUUUUAAAAAAUUAGUUCUGUGCGUUUUUUCAUGCACACAAAAUUGUUCCUAUGUAUAAAAUACCUUAUUUAGUAUAUUUUGUUUUUUUUUUUUUGACAAAGUACCGCAUAAUAAUAAAUAUUUGUUUCCUGGUUGUGGAAAGACUUUGGUUAUAAUGACAUCUUAUAAUUAUAGUAUGUUUUUUGACAGAUUUAAAAUGAUAAUAUAAUUUUAUAGGUCCUGUAAAUCUAAGUCUCAAACAUCUGAAUGUAUUGUAUGAUCUUAUCUUAUCACGUAGAACAACGAUAUUUAUUUUAAACCGAUCAACAUAAAAUGUUUUGAAUGUCGAUAUAAUGUGGGUUUAUUUAAUCCACGUGUAACUCCUAAAUGAAUGUUUUUCGAAAAUUACGUUAUUUCGGCAUUCUUAUGGUGCACUCCUAUUUUCGGUUGUAUUUUUUUAUUUUCGUGUUUUAUUUUUAUUUCUGUAUCAACAAAUUUCUCUAAGAAGAUCAUUUAUUUUGUAUCAACUGUGCUGUAGCAAAGAAUAAGUUAAGGCAACAAUUAUGAGUGAGCUAAAAGUGAAAAUAUGUAUGAUAGUCUAAAAGUUCUGAAUUACUUCUGAAUAGAAAAUUUUGCUUAGUAAUUCCUCAGCAAAGUUAUAAACUUUUUGAUUUUUGAAGGGAAAUUAAUUUUAAA